AUGCUGAGGGGCGGCGACAAAAGUUAUACAUGCAUCUGCGAUGCCGCUGUGAUAGCUCGUCUCUGCUGCGAAGGAGGACUGGGUCGAGACUUGGGAAGCGACUGUGCGGGGUCAAGACACGAGUACGCCCGUGGCGUCUCUGGCCUUUGGGAGGUGGUCUUCUGCUUGCGGAACAAACACUUCCCGAUGGACCUCUGCACUUUUACCGACCUUGAUCGACUUGGGAUACUGGCUGCACAGAGACUGUAG